GUUCUAAACGUUUCGAACAGGUAAAUCGUUCCCCUUUCCGCUCGUGAAAAUAAAAGUUCUCGCUUUUCGUCCCAUUUUCAAACUUUCUCGGCCUCAUUUCGGAAGGGGGGAGUUUUUUUUCCAGUCGGGCACGAGGAAAAAACGGGAGAAACGAUGGAAGAUUCGAGGAAACCUCGCAAGUCAAACUCGUGUAACUUCAUGCGCCAGUUCCGGGACAAAAACACGAGGGAACUCAAAAAUCUGACAGCUAGUCAGUUUAUGGAGGUGUGGAGUCACUAUGACAGAGACGGCAAUGGCUUCAUUGAAGGACGUGAACUGGAUAAAUUCUUAAGAGAAUUCGUGUCAAGUGUUAACUUUUCGGAUGUGGAACCUGAGCAAGUUGUGUCUGACUCCAUGAUGGCUGAGCUAAAGGAAUGCUUCAUGGAAGCUUACGACGACAAUAAAGAUGGGAAAAUUGAGAUAAGAGAGCUUGCCCAGCUUCUGCCACUGGAAGAGAGUUUCCUCCUCCUGUUCCGAUUUGAUAAUCCACUGGACUCGAGCGUGGAGUUUAUGAAGAUCUGGCGAGAAUAUGAUUCAGAUGGUAGUGGUUUCAUCGAAGCAGACGAAUUGAAAAAUUUCUUGAAGGAUCUGCUGCACGAAGCUCGAAAAGAGAUAAUUGAUGAAGACAAACUCAUUGAAUACACAGACACACUUCUUCAGAUUUUUGACAGUAACAAAGACGGAAAACUGCAGUUGAGCGAAAUGGCAAAGUUGCUGCCCGUGAAAGAAAAUUUCCUGUGUCGAUCAGCCUUUAAGGGUGCUAGCAAGCUGACGAAAGAAGACAUAGAACGAGUUUUCAACUUGUAUGAUCGUGACCGUAACGGCACAAUAGAAAAUGAGGAGUUGAAAGGAUUCCUUAAGGAUCUCCUAGAACUUGUGAAAAAAGAUUACGAUGCUCAAGAUCUGGAUGAAUUCCAGGAGGCGAUUCUUAGGGGAUGCGACUUCAACAAGGACGGCAAGAUCAACAAGAAGGAACUCACUAUGAUUCUUUUAGCUCUCGCCAAACACUCUCAAGAGGACGAUGUCAAAUAGAUUGCCAUUUCUCUCUCUUGCCUUCUGUUAUUGCCAAUUUUUCCGCCAACAAUCAUUAUACACGAAAAAAAUGAAGAAGCAAAAGCAGCCUACUAAUUAAAUUUCUGAAGCAAAAAAAUGCACUUAUUUUUAAUUUUUUAAGAUUAAUUCGCCAAACGAUUUUCAAAAGAAAUCAGAAAUCGCUUCAACCGUCACCGAAUUCGUUAGUAUUUUGAAAUGAAAGAACAGAUUAGUCAUUUUUCUUUCAAACAUCCAAUUAUAAUCCGGCAAAAGAUUUUUAUUUUUUAUCUGGGGCUCAAACAAAAAUAACGUUAAAUCAUUAGCCAUUUUUUUCAUCUGCAGUGAGAUUUUAUUUAGUAAGUUUUUUUUAUUAUUAUUUAACACAAAUAUAUGUUUAAAUUCGUUCGUUUUUAUUUAUUAUUAAAACUUGUACACGGAAUGCAAACAUAGAAUAUUUCAACAAGAAAUACUAAGAAUGAUGGUGACGAUAAGUACGAUUAUUUGUUUUUUUAUUUCGCUUUCAUUUUAAAAAUUUAUUUUAGAACUGUAACGUUUUUAUUGCUCAUUUUGGUUCAUUAUUUUUUAAAAAAAUUAUCACAAAUUAUUAUAAUAUCAAAUGUCUCUAAAAAUUAGCAUUAUUUAUAAUGAACUGAAAUUUUUAAAUAUUUUAUACGACUUGUUUAAAAUUAUUCAAAUACUAUAUAAAUUUCUGUAUAUAAUUAUUAUCUUUACGAAUUUCAAUAGAUCAAUAAGCUAUCUAGUUAGGCCGCUGUUGCGCUUUAUGCUUAUUUGGUAUAAACGAAUAAUUUCGUUUCUUCGUCAAUAGCAAUUCUUCGAUGUAUCUGUAAAGUAACUGGGAUAUGAUUCUUGGAUUUUUUUUUUUUUUUAUUUUUUUUUUUUUACUACAGUGUAGGCUUUUAUUUCGUCGAUCUUCCAUUGUAAAGCCUAUGUUUGUCUUCGAAUUUAUCACAUGGUGCUAUAUCAUAUUUUUUUUUUCAAUGCCAAGCUACAAAAUUCUGUUUAAAAAUAUUUGCCAAUAUUUUCUAAUAUUUCUUUUUCUAUCCUUUUUUUUAAUAUAUUUCCCCUUUUAAAAAGAAAGAAAACAUCUUUUUUUUUUCUUUGAAAAUUUCGGCGAAUUGAAUAAUAAAAAAAAAUUAAGCAAAUUUCAAACUGAUACAAACAAUAACUUCAUUUGUAAUGAUUUCUUUGCUUUUUUUUAAAUUAAAUUGGAUUGAAUCCGGUUGCAUUGUUAUUUUAUUGUAUAAGUUUAUGCACUUUUAACAAAUCCAGUAUAGAAUGAUUGUGAUAAAGUGUGCAUUUAUUUGAUUCAUUCAACGCAGAAGCAAUGUUUUUUGACUCAGCUGCAUGUGAGCAAAUUGUUUAGCAGUUUUACUCUCAGUGGAUAUUAAAAUUUUUAUAUAUGAUUUAGAAUAUAUAUAGAAUGCAUAAAUGUUCUUGCAAUUUUAUCUUUUUGUGAAAUUCUAAAAAUUUUCUUGUUGGCAUCUAUUGUUAUCCAAUAAAUGGAUAAAAAUAGAUUGAUUAAGGAAAAAAAUGAUACAAGGUAUUUGUUAUAGCUGAAACAGAAGGCCUAAUAUGUCAUAAAAUUAUCAUUGCGAACACUUAGUGCUAACAACAGUAGAUAUUAGUCGUUAAGCCUAAAUGUAGUGUAUUUCUCAUCAAUGUUCUUAUGGAAAAAUGUAUUGAAACAUUUUACUGAUGUUUUUACUUAAUGUUUACUUUAAUCAAGUAUUCCUCUACUUUUCAAAGUUACAUACUACUCUCACCUGUUGGUACCAGAAUGUUAUGAUAUCAACAAAUGUUGAUAUUGUUUGUAAUGUAUGAAAGUGAUUGGCAUUUACAGAUAUUUAUCUACAAAUAUGCUGCUGUAAAUUAACUGCUGACAUAUAUUAUUUCAAAAAAUAAAUUGCAAAAGUAACUUUAAUUCUAAAAUAUACUUAAUCAAAAUAUCUGAAAGACAGUGAUCUUUUAAAUCUGCAUUUAUGUAUAUUAUUUGUGUAAGAAUUAUAAAUUCUUUAUAUUAUAUUAUUUCGUGCUUCGGUUAUUAAAAUAGAUUAAAAUAGGUUAAGAUAAAAUAAGUUCAGUUCAUUCUAAAACAAAUAUCAAAAUCAAACACAGAAUAAAGGAAUUUUGAUUUUUCAUGAUACUAAAUAUCUUCAUCAUAAACAUGUGUUUUCUUAUUAAGAAAUUCUUUCUUAAUUUUAGAAAAAUUACUAAAAUUUUGAGAAUUACUAAAAUUAAAUAAUUAUUUUUGAGAUGUACUAAAAUCAAAGAAAAUGUUACUCUACUUUUCUAAUUAUUUUUUUUACUUGCGUUGAUUAUAAUUUAAAUAAUUAUUUUUCCUCUUGUAUAAAACUCAUUUUAUGCUAUUGUUUUAAUAAGAAAUCGAAAUCUCCCUCAAAUCAAAAUGAAAUUAUUUUAGUUCAUAGCGAAGAGGAUAGAUGGCAGCAUCAAAGCGAAAACAUGGCGACUAUGACGCAAUGUACGAUAAAGAUGCUCUUUUUCGAGGAUAGAAUAGUUUCCAGGCAAAGUUUAUGUACUGCACAAAGAAGUAGGGACAAAAGUCUUUACUUUUACAGCGAACUAUGUGCUAUUAGCAAAGUCUUGUUCAUUAAAUCUUUCUCAUACAGUGCAUUGAAUUGAAUAUUUUAUGAAUACAUGAUUAUGUAAAUAAAUAUGGAAAGUAAGAUAUUUUUGUCGUAGCACCAACAAGAAAAGAUAAAACUAAAAGAAGGCGGAUCCAAUAUUAGUCUCGGUUACCAGUAGGCGGGACUUAUAAAGAAAUAUUCAUCUGAAGUUUUGGCCAUUGAAAGGGUUGCGAUAAAUUGCAUACUUUCUUUAGUAGGUGAUAUUCAGCAAAAUUUCGUUUCCACCAGUGUAAACCAUGUAAGUUAUUAUUAUGUAAGAUUACUUUUUGUUUAUUUGUCACUGAUGUCAUUUAAUGGGGCUCUAAAUGAUAUGUUUGUAAUAAGUUUUGAAUUCUGAUGCCAAUUGGCGGACAGAAUAUUUGACUCAGUAUGCAAUGCAACUUCAUCCCUAUCUAUAAGAUGGCAAGUUCUUUUAGUAAAAUGCAGUGAAAAAGGGUUAUCAACAAAGUGAUAUCGUGAUAUUAAACAGAUCAGAUAUUCCCAUGUUAAAUAUUGGAAGGAUUUAUUGUAGUUUGACUCUGCCAUAAAUUCUCUUGUAGAAUUGGAUUUCGAAUUAUGUAUUACUUGGCCAAAUAUAGUUAAUGAGGAGUUAAUUUUUAAUUUUUUUUUCUUAAUUAGUAAAGCUAAAGUUAGCACGCUUAGCUUAUAGAAUACUAAUCUAGGUUUAAUUAUUUAAUAGAUAUUAGAAACUCUUUACAUUUAAAUCUCAAUUUUGUAUGAAAAAAUUAUUACUACAUUUUUCGAGCUCAUACAUAUCGAUAAUAUAAAGCGACAUAUCUAUAUAAUCGAAGAUAAAAAAAACAUUUUUUGCAUUUCUGCAUUACGUCGCUGUAGUUUUUUGAGAUUACAUAACUUUAGAUAAUACUUCCAAACUCGCAGAAGAAUCGAAAGAUCUGGAAGAAUACUUCACUGUCUCUUAUAACAUUUGUUCGAGAGUGGUUGUUAAUAUUAAUUUCUUGUCUUGAAAUAACAUAUAUAUUGACUUUCAACAAGUUCUUGACUUAAUACAUAUUUAUCUGUUAUGCAUGAAGUUAAAAUACUGUAGUAGAUUUUAUAUUAUGCAGUGUGUUUCAAGCUAGAUCUUAUUGAUAUUAGAGAAAAAAAAAAGAUAUUUUGACUUUUGUUUCGUUGCAUGAUUUACCUUAAAAUCAUUAGAGAUGCUUCCACGCACAAGAUGUUCUAUUUAUUUGAUGUAAAAAAAAAUUAUCUAUAUAUAUACAUAUAUGUGUGUUGAGUUUAUUUCAGCUAUGUGUAUGAAGUCUUUCUUCUGCAUUGUAGUGUUGUAGACGAAUAAAAUGUAUUUUGUUAUU